AUGGAUGCACGGCGUCGGGGGGGGUCGAAAUUCUCAGAGAUCGACGUCUUUGGUGACGUUUAUGUUCGACCUGGGAAUGAGUUGGCCGAGUCCCUUCAUACGACGAUGGUGGAGAGGAGCCAGUUGGUUCUUCAAGAGUCCGCCUCCCAACUUCCUCCCGAGACUCCGAUCGAGUCUGUGGAUCCUCCGCAUGAUGCUGGAUUUCAGAUUUUGACGCAGACGUUGGAUCAGACUCUCGGGAGGAGGCCGGGAACGUAUUGUAGGGGGAUGGGGAAUGCCCGACAGAGGGAACCUCGACCGCGGUCAUCGUCGCAGGCAAACAGUCAGGUGACUGUUUUGACAUCGCGGGUUGCCGAGCUUGAGGGUCAGAUGUCGGUGAUUCUGCAGUCGCUCGCGCGGUCCGGGAUUCCAAUCCCGAAUUUUGGUGCGUCGACCUCCGAGCCCGUCCAGCCCGAGCAUCCCCAGCACACCACGGCCCCUGCAGACACCCAUACCUCCGAGCCGCCUACCUCCGAGCCGCAUUAUGAGAAGCACGAGGCAAAGAAAGACCCAGAGCAUGCUCGCAGGCACAGGAUAGAGGAGGAGAUUGGGGCAACAGGGGCAGUUGGUUCGGGUGGGUAUGCCUUCCACGAGCAUCAUGAGGAGAAAGAGUCAGAGAGAGAAGAGGAAGAGUCUCAUGGAAAGAAGCAACACCACCUCUUCUAA